AUGUUUGUGGGAGAGGAGCAAGAGACGCGUCUGGUGGCCGGGACAGCCAUGUUCUCCAUCCGCACCCUCGCCGCUGCUGGCACCCGCCUCGCCCGCCAUGCAUCCACCAGCGCGUCCACCACAACCGCCCAGCAUGCAAUGCAGAUCAUCGCCGCCGCCAACCUCGGCCGCUUCCCCGACGCCCUCGACCAUGCCACCCGCAUGAAGGCCGCCAACGUCAACCCCGACCUCUCCUCCUACAACGCCCUUCUCAGCCUUGCAGCACGCGACGGCAGCUGGCUAUUCGCCUGGGCAAUAUUUGACGACAUGCUCAAUGCCUCUGUCCGCCCCAAUAGCCUCUCCUUUUUGCACCUCAUCCAGGCUCAACGUCGACGCCCGACUCAGGCUUUCUGGAAUGCAAUACAACGCAUGCAUGAGUUUGGUGUCACACCUACCCCUGCCAUCUACAGUCAUAUCAUCGACUUUCAUGUCCAGGAGGGCAACCUUGAAUCAGCUCUGCAUCUCCUCCUCUCCAUGAAAAAACACGACCUCAUUCCCGAGCUUUCCUCUGUCCAUGCCGUAGUCUCACUCGCCGCAGAAUGUGGAUACUCUCGGCUAGCUAUCGAGCUAGCCACCUAUUUCGAGCAUGUCUCUCUUCGCCGCCUCGACGACGCGACAUGGACACAGUGCCUCUCUUCUUCAGCAGAGCAUCUCUACAUGGAUGGCGUCUUGACGUGCUGGCCAAUCGUUACACAAGAAUUAAAUAUCCUUCCACCAGAAGGUCUCUGUCUCUCUGUACUCAGCACAGCCGCUCGUUGUGGUCUUCCCGACCUUGCCACUGAUGUUCUGCGUGCCCUCAAGGCUGGCGGAGUGCCAUGGCAUGAGCAUCACUUUGCCUCCCUCAUUGAAGCUUUCUGUCGAAACAAUCAAUUAAAAGAGGCCCUCGUCACCCUCCAUAUCAUGCGAUCCAACGACGUCGAACCAACCCAUACCACCGCCUCCUUCAUUUUUGAGACAGUCAAGUCCGACGUUGACUCACUUGAUUCCGCCUGGGCCAUUAUCGACGACAUCCACUCUUCAAACAGUGGGCUUGACAUUGCAGCACUCAGAGUGAUCAUCCAGGCCUCCAUCUUCCUUGGUGACCUGCAACGAGCCGUCGGUAUCUACAAAUCUUUCUCAGAUUAUGGCCUUGCCCCAGACCUCGAAACCUUCCACCUGCUGCUAGACGGCUGUAUUGCAGCCCGUCACCGUCAGCUGGGCGAUAUCCUUUUAGCGGAUGUUAAAGAGGCCAAGCUCGAACCAGAUGUCAGGGUUUACGAGAAGAUGAUCCAACUGUGCCUUACACAAGACAUCUACGAAGAUGCGUUUUUCUACCUUGAAGAGAUGAAGGCUGCCAGAUUUGUCCCUCCUCGACGCGUCUAUGAGGCCCUUAUGAAGAAAUGCUCUUCUGUCGAGGAUCCUCGGGGAGAAAUGGUGCUGCAGGAGAUGAAGGAAUGCGGUUAUGAGGUCGACAGUCGUGAGCAGAGCGGAGAAUCGCAGAGACAACAUUGGCGGCGUAGGCGUACCGCGACCGUGUGA